ACAGUAUACUAUCGUAAUCGCUUUUUAAACAUUUUUAACUUCAGGUAUGGUGAAUUUCCGGAAUUAUGCAACAUUCUGCUACAAUAUAUUAAGAAAACAGACAAUAUCUUAAUUAUUGGUUGUGGAAAGUCUACGGUAGGCAUGUCUUUAUACGAUGCUGGCUACAAAAAUAUCACUAAGAUUGAUAUAUCGUAUAAAACUGACGUGCCAGAUCCCAAAAAAAUGUUUACUUUCUUUGAUCUGCCGUUGAUGCAGUAUAGAAGGAAAACUGUACGACCAGAUUUAAUCUCUGAAUAUAUGGAUGCUACGCAAAUGACAUACCCGGAUGAGAAAUUCAAUGUAGUUCUUGACAAGGGUAUUUUAGACAUAUUAAUGCCAGAUACCGAGGAAACGACAAUAGCCAAAAUAGACAAAUACUUUAAGGAAGUCACGCGAGUAUUACGGAACGGUGGCAGAUACGUCUGCAUUUCGUUGCUACAAGAGCACAUUCUUCGAAAGCUCCUAUCUUAUUUUCCUGCUUCAAACUUCAUGUUCCACAUAUCACGAUGCCACGAUGCCGAAUCGAAGGCACGCACGGAAGGAGGCAGUUCGAUCCCGAUCUUCAUGAUUAUCGCUACGAAGUGCAGCAAAUUACAACAGACGGUCCUCGAGGUAGAUCUGGUCGACGGUCGACUUGAACGUCUUUCCUCGAUCGAGGACAUGAUCUCUGCCGUGUUCUCCACACAACAAUUGGCAUUGAUGUUAAAUAAACUCCGUAAUAGUAAUAUCGUCGAUAUCGGCGAAGUAUCGUUAGAUUUGCAACUUCCGGGUGACGAACAUCCCCGGUACACGGUCUACGUUAUUGACCGACCAUGCACAUAUUGUGAGAGUACAUUUGCAGCUUACAUCGACCGACCAAGCACACAUUGUGAGAGAAUGUUUGCAGCUUACAUCGUGCCACAGGGAAAAGAGACGGAUUGGUUGUACAGCACGAAGGAAGGACGACAAGAAGCUGUGAAACAGACGGGACGGAACAGACUUGCGAUCGUCACUUUGCGGAGAGAACACACAUUCAAAAGUUUGUUCUCUGUAAAGCAGGAACUGGCAGCAUGUAUGUCUAGUUUAGCACCAGACUUUUACAAGGAACUUGGAAUUCCUGUUCUGAUUUUGGGUGACAUUGGAACGCGAACUAUUUGGUACCAAGGAGAGAGUAAUAUCAGCGGACCGUUCGUGGUUGAGGACGUAAAGGAUUACGAGGUCAGACGGCUCAUAUUUCUCAAUAAUCCAUACGUAAUUCAGAGUGAAGCAAGACUGAAGGAAGCAAAAGGACGACGCGGCCGCACAAGGAAAAUCGCUGAUCUCGAAUUUCUGGCUCGUGAAUAUCAUGGAUAUAUGGUUGGCUACGUAAAUGCAGUGAUAGACACAGAGGCAGAAGACGAAAUUUUGGUCCUAGGACUUGGAGGCGGUGGUCUCUGCAUGUAUUUACAUCGCUGUUUCCCUAAAUUAAGAAUUACUGCGGUCGAGAUUGAUUACGCGAUCCUGACAGUUGCUAAGCGCUGCUUUAAUUUCGUCACCAACGAUAGGGUCAAAGUGGAGAUUGCGGACGGGAUUCAGUUUGUUAAAGAUGCUGCGACGAACGGCAAGAAAUACAAGGCCAUACUUUGCGACAUGGACAACAAAGAUUCUAGCUUCGGGAUGAGUUUUCCCCCGAAGGAAUUCCUCGAGAUAUCCGUACUGAGAGCAGUCGCAGCAUCUUUAACGCAGGACGGUCUAUUCAUCCUGAAUCUGGGUAGCACAGACAUGAGUUUGAAGGAAAAGGCAACGGAUGAUUUAGAGUCAGUAUUUGAAUCAAUCCUUGAGUACAAUCUAAACAGUGCGAACGCGGUAGUUGUGUGUUCCGCAGAAAAGUACAAUAUAAAGGAAUGGAGAAAUAAAUUCAAAAAUGCCAUUGUCGACUUCGACAAGCUGGCAAUUGCGAGAAAAUUAUCUUUCUCAAUAAACAUUGCCAGAAUUUUGAAAAGCCUGUAGGUAGAGUCUUAAUAGUUUUGUACAAACGUUACUUUUAUUACUGAAAUCAUUAGGAAAGAAGGCCAGAUGAAUGGCUGUUUCGACACUGCCAAAGACUGAAAAUCCUUAGUUCACUUGUUACAUAUGCUACAGAUUUACAAUACUAGCAGUGAAUAUCGGAACGCAGUCUAUGCCGACAGAAACAGAUGAUGCUAUUUCCUAGAAGCCUUAUGCUGCAGCUAGGAGCAACAAGAUUAUAUUUUUGUAUCUACCAUUAUAUUAUAUUAUUAUAUCUGUUCAAAUAUAAUUUAGUUACUUUAGUAAGAAAUUGGAAAUAAGUUAUACAUCUUAUUCUAUGUACUUUUUGCAACCGUGUCAUAUGUCUUACUAGAUUUAUGUUUACUAUAAGACUGAACUUUUUUGCGUACUUUGGGAAAAUAAAUGAUUAAACGGUGAUAUAUGUUUUUUCGCAAAAUGAUAUAUAUUUUAUGAUGCAUGUAUCAAUUACACAGCAAAUUCAGUAUUCAAACUGAACAUCAAAGUAAGAUUGAUCAAAAAUAUUUAUUCAACGAUUGAUAUUUAUGUAACUGUCCUUUUCACAAGUGGAAUAAGUAUUGGGCCAUUGGAGUAAAAAGCGAUUGAAUUAAUGGAACCAAAACAUCCCUUCAAACGUGCGAAUCUUUUUUUUCUUCUUCUUCCUUCUUCAAACAUCUAACGCAAGAACUAUUAUGGCAGUUAUAUAAUUUUGAAAUAUCAAAAUGCCAUUCCACAUUUGGAGGACACCUGAUAUCCGACUGUUCGUUCUUAUUUGGGCAGCGUACCCAAAUAUACUUUAUCUUGGGCAUGAAAUCGUUGGGUCGAGGUUCCAAUUGAGCCUAAGAAGCUACGAACAAAUGCUUGCUUGGGUAUUCAAAAAACAUUGGUAUUUUUUGACUAAUUGAUAUUAUCGAGCUUCUUAAAUGAAGAAUUUGAUAAAACCUUAAUCUUUUGACGAUAAUGAAAUGUUAGCAUUUCAUUAUUUGUGACGUAUGCAAAUUCCAAUGAUUCUUUAACUCUUAAUUUUUAAUUGUCGACCUUUCGCCUAUGACGUAAGUUGAUUUUAGUUAGUUAUCCAAAACUCUUAUGCAUGUAAUAUCCUAAUAAAUAUUCCAUAAGUCUUGCAUAAAGUGCUAAUAUUCGCGUCUCUACUUUCGGUCCUUUGUCUUGUCGCACAUCGAUUGCAUGUCGAGCAUCGAUAUAAUCGAAUAUCAUAAAGCACACGGCGAGCAAGUUUAGUAGAAGCACACGUGCAGUGAAUGUUUUAAAGAUAAUUGAUAAAUAUUUUGAUAAUAUAAAGAUAAUGAUAAUGAUCGUUUACCGUACAGAAAAAAGAUAAUGAUAUAUAGCGUAAUAAAAAAAUUAAACAAAACUAACCACCAUCUUUCGUACAAUAUCACAAUGCAAUCAGGCAAACGAUAAAAACGUGUACACUUCACACGUAGUCAGCAACGCGAGUUUCGUUUCACCAGUUCAUCGUCAUAAUAUCAGUCAGUGAAGUAUGAAAAUCAGUGAAA